AUCGCCUCCGUUGCCAGCGCCGAUAUCUCGAAGUUUUCAUCUACAGUAUAAAAGUGAGACAGCUAAUGUUCUCAAACAGAUCAACAUGCAGCGUCUUAUAUUCUUCAUUCUUGUAGCUGUAUGGAGUGCUGAUUCUCAUGAGGGGGCUGCGAAGGAAGCUGGGCACUACUACCAAACUACGCCAGAACAGAUAUAUGGAUACGAACAGCCACAGUAUCCUCCACAAGCUUACCAACAACCAUUUUAUCAGCCUCACAUGAUGAUGCCACCAUUUGCACUGCCAACCUACGACGUGGCCUACUGCUCUGUCCAUGCAUCCUUCCCACUCGUCGGAGCACGAGAUGAUGACCGUCGCCGGGGACACCGACUUCGAAAAUUCGAACGACAGUCCUGUCGCUACUCGGCUGUCUUCUCAUGGGAAGCUUGCAACACCUGCUGUAAGAUUGCCAGUAGGACAAAUGGCAAUACAAAUAUGAAUGAGAUCGUAGGAGCACUGUUCGUCUUUGAUCCAGACAUGGACUUCCGUCGUCAUGAUGAUGAUCCAGAGAACAACAAGAACAAGGCCGUGCAGUGCGUCUGCUGUGCACCGAAGAGGUUCUAACCCUUUAUCAUAUACUCUACAGUUAGAAUAGAGUAAGAGUGAAUGAAUAAAGGAAUAAUGAAAAAAGUUUACGAAUAAAGGUGUAUCGUUCAG